UGUGUUAUGGACAAUUGGAGGCUCAGUCAGAGGUUUGCUAUAAAAACCCGAGCUGCCUCCUGGACAGCCUGCUUUACUGACCUGGAGACCCCGCCGUCCAACAUGCAGACUCUCCUUCUUGUGGUGCUGCUCGGAUGCCUUGCCACCGUGUUCGCGGCCCCCGCUGACCGGGUGAGAUGGUGCGUCACGUCGGACAGAGAACUUGCGAAAUGUACGGCCCUUGCAGCCAAAGCUCCGGUGUUCUCCUGCGUGAGGAAGGACAACGCCCUCAGCUGCAUCAUUGCAAUCAGGGCUGGUGAGGCAGAUGCGAUCACUUUGGAUGGAGGGGACAUCUACACUGCUGGACUGAACAACUACAACCUGCAGCCCAUUAUUGCUGAGGACUAUGGCAUCACCUCGGACACCUGUUACUACGCUGUUGCUGUGGCGAAGAAGGGCACUCAAUUUGGCUUUAAACAACUCCAGGGGAAGAAGUCCUGCCACACUGGGUUGGGGAAAUCUGCAGGCUGGAACAUCCCCAUAGGAACUCUGGUGUCCAUGGGUUUGAUUCAGUGGGAAGGCAUUGAAGACAGACCUGUUGAGGAGGCGGUGAGCGACUACUUCUCGUCCAGCUGUGUCCCGGGGGCAACACCCGGCACCAAAUUGUGUCAACUGUGCAGGGCAGACUGUUCCAAGUCCCACAGUGAGCCUUACUACGACUACAGCGGAGCCUUCCAGUGCCUGAAGGACGGGGCUGGAGACGUCGCUUUUGUAAAGCACCUCACUGUACCUGAGGCGGAGAAGGACAACUACGAGCUGCUGUGUGAUGAUAACCGCAGGGAGCCUAUCGACAACUACAAAAGCUGCCACCUGCUUAGAGCACCAGCUCAUGCUGUUGUCAGCCGCAAGGACAAACAGCUGGCUGAUUUAAUCUGGAAUAGCAUCAAUUCAGUACAGUCUUCACAGGAAUUUAACCUCUUCUCCUCUGAAGCCUAUGCACCUACCAAAAACCUGAUGUUCAAAGACUCAACAGUGAAGCUGGUGCAGUUGCCCGCAAACACCGAUUCCUCCCUGUAUUUGGGAGCUAAAUACUUGAGCAUCGUCCGUUCCCUUAAGAAAGAGCAGACAAACCCUGCGUCCACGGCCAUUAAAUGGUGUGCUGUGGGCCACGCUGAGAAGAGCAAGUGUGACACGUGGAGCAUUAAUAGUUUGGUUGAUGUCACCACCGCCAUUGAAUGCCAGACUGCCGCCACAGUUGAUGAGUGCCUGAAAAAGAUUAUGCAUCAAGAGGCUGACGCAAUGGCAGUGGACGGAGGACAGGUGUACACCGCUGGGAAGUGUGGUCUGGUUCCUGCUAUGGUGGAGCAGUACAACUUAGAACUGUGCAACGCCCCUGGAGCAAAAGCCUCCUCUUACUAUGCUGUCGCUGUGGUUAAGAAGAGUUCAGGGUUGACUUGGGAAACCCUGAAGGGCAAUAGGUCUUGCCACACAGGCUUUGGCAGAACUGCUGGCUGGAACGUCCCCAUGGGUCAAAUACACAAAGACACUGGCGACUGCGACUUUACCAAGUUCUUCAGUAGCGGCUGUGCCCCCGGAGCAGACCCCAGCUCUUCAUUCUGUACUCAGUGUGCCGGCAGCGGCAAAACUGUGGGAGACGGUUCCAAGUGCAAAGCCAGCGCUGAUGAGCAGUACUACGGCUACGCUGGAGCCUUUAAAUGUCUUGUUGAUGGCGCCGGUGAUGUUGCCUUCAUCAAACACACAAUCGUUCCAGAAAACACUGAUGUCAACCAUGAUGACUACCGGCUGAUCUGCCCGGGGGGGAAGCGAGUGCCAGUCUCCGAUUAUGCUUCUUGUCACCUGGCUGUCGUGCCCGCCCAUGCUGUGGUGACUCGUCCGGAGAUCCGCAGUGAGGUCGUUCGCAUCCUCUUGGCACAGCAGGCCAGAUUUGGUUCCAGUGUCAGUGAUGGCUCAUUCAGCUUGUUCAAGUCAAAAUCAGGAAAGAACCUCCUUUUCAAGGACUCCACUAAGUGUCUCCAGGAGGUUCCAGCUGACCAAAGCUACGACAGGUUUUUGGGAACAAAGUACAUGAACACCAUGAGUUCGCUCAGACAGUGCAGCGACUCCACUCCAGAUCUGGAGAAAUCUUGCACUUUCCAUUCCUGCCAGGAAACAAACUAGUGACAACCCCGGAGCACGUGGUGCCUCACUCAGCCCUCAGUGAUUCGGGCACCUUAACCACACUUCCCACACUCAACCCAAAAAUUGCCAUUUGUAUUUUCUUACUGAUCUUGACCAAGACCUGUUGUUUAGAAGAAAAACAGACAAACAAAUACAUUGCACUACCAUGACUUACAAAUCAAACAUGCAGUGACCAAUCUUGUCCACCUGUAGCUGUUUUCAUUCUGCAGAAUCAAAAUGUUUCAUUACCUGUAUUAUUCGAUCAACUAUGUUUUGUUAACACGUGACUGACUUAUCUCUAAUAAAGCCAUUAUAAUGCUC